ACGAAUUGGCGCGAGAUAACCGAACGCGCGCUUGUUGAAGUUUAAAAUCAGAUCGAAAUUUGAAUCCUAAAUCUCUGGUGUGCCUCCCGCUUUUGGCAUCCAGUUCGAGCAUCUAUCGUCUCUCUCGUUGAGCUUCUAAUUCAAUCACUCGCUUUCGCUUUCAUCGUUCUUCAUCUUCAUUCUCCGUUACUGUCUCUCGCUUUUUGAUCCAUAAUGGGUGAUCCGACUCAUCUCGAGCAGAUGGGCAGAGAACUCAAGUGUCCCAUUUGUUGGAGUUUACUGAAUUCUGCAGUUUCUCUUACAUGCAAUCAUGUAUUCUGCAACUCAUGUAUUGUGAAAUCAAUGAAAUCAGGUUCUAGUUGCCCUGUGUGUAAAGUGCCCUUCCAUCGCAGAGAGAUUCGCGCUUCUCCUCAUAUGGAUAACUUGGUAAGUAUCUACAGAAGCAUGGAAGUUUCUUCGGGAGUAAAUAUAUUUGUCACUCAGAACGUUCCUGUUGCUAAAUUGUCAGAUGGAGAAAAGCAAUGUGAUGGUGAUGCCAAUUGUAGGGUGAAGGUUGCUGGUGAUACUCAUCAAAAUCAUCCAGAGGCAAAAGAGACCCGCAAAAGGAAGGGAUCAAGGAAAGAGAUCGAGGCCAGCAAGAAUUCUGGUGCUGACUCUGUAAAACCUACCUUUCCGACAAAGAAAAGGAUUCAGGUUCCACAAAGUCCUCUUUCAAAAACUCCAUUUAAGAAUGCAGGGCUUAGGCCUUCUCCAAAUGAAGUUGUCAAAGAGGGAAGAAAAGAGGGUUUGGCCACGUCAAAUGGGAGGCCUAUCAAAAAUGAGAAAGAAGAAAUAGCUCUUUCACCCUUCUUUUGGUUAAGAGAUGAAAAAGAUGGAGAAAAGUCAAGUCAGGGCACCGUUGGGGAUAAACUGAGUGAUACACCAACACCAAAUUUACCGUCAUUCAGUGAUCUCAAGGACUCUGAUGAUGAAAACCCUUCUGAAGGGGCUCCAUCAGAUGAUGCACAAGAUAAAACCUUCGUCGAUUUAUUUGAUAGUGAAAUGUUUGAAUGGACACAAAGGCCUUGUUCCCCUGAAUUAUGCUCAAGUCCCUUCAGGGUGCAGGUUGAAGAUACUGGAGAGGUUGAUGAAAAUCAAGCGAAGGGUUAUGUAGCAGACUCCCUGGACCUUGAAGCAAAUCCAUUAAGUGCUGAGAAUACAAAAUUUGAGAAUUUAGAACAAGGAAAUGCUUUGAACAUGAUGGUGCCUGGAGUGGCUUCUUCUCGAAAGAAUGCCAAAAAGAGAGGCAGGAAGGCAACAGAAAACCCUUGGAAAGUGCAGACUGAAAAACAUGGAGUCUCAAUUGAAGGGACUGACCUCAUUCCAGAGAGAUUAUCAAAAGCCAGUCACGAGCAAAUAUGGGACAAUAAACACAAUUCUUCACACCUGGGGAAAACAAAUAAAAGAGGUAAGAAGGUUUGUUGUGAUACAUCUUCAAAGGAAACACCUCAAACUGCUCAAGCACUUUCUGAUAUAUCUGGGAUUAUUGGUAAUUGGGGAACAAAGAUGGUAAAUGAUUCACCUGGUAAACAAGAACAUUUGAAGGAUUCUAAUCUGAAAAAUUGCAAGAAAAGCCAGAGGAAAAGGUCUGGGAAACAAAGGUUGGAUAAUUUCCAAAAAAAAGUUGAAGACUCAUCUUCAAUGCAACACCAUAACAAUGAGUAUGCUGGUUGUCCAUCAUCCAAUUCAAGUCUCCAGAUGGAUAAUAAUGGGAAGUCCUCCAAUAUGAGGCAAAAAGAAACUAGUUCCGUCAGAAAAUCCGAGUCCUACAACAGAGAAUUGAGAAAUAAUAAAAGGUUAAAAGUUUCAUCUGCUUGCAUCUCCCAGCAGGCACAUGGUGAAGAAACCCAGCCUCCUAAGAGGAUUCAUCAACACCCUGAAAGUGGGGCUUUGAGCGAAUCAUUAAAAGAGAAACAACGUCCUCGGACUGAUGAAGUAGUUUUACGGAAAUGUGGGACCCAUAUUAAGAAGUUCCAAUGCGCUUUCUGUCUCUCAUCAGAAGAAUCCGAGGCUUCUGGCCAGAUGGUGCAUUACUAUAAGGGCAAGUCUGUUGCUGCAGAUCAUGAAGGAGGAUCGAAAGUCAUACAUUCUCACAGGAAUUGCACUGAAUGGGCCCCCAAUGUAUAUUUUGAAGAUGAUAUCGCAAUUAAUCUUGAGGCUGAAAUAAGUAGAAGUCGAAGAAUUAAAUGUAGCUUCUGUGGACUUAAGGGGGCGGCAUUAGGCUGUUUUGAAAAAAGUUGUCGCAGGAGCUUUCAUGUUGCUUGUGCCAAAUGGACUUCUCAGUGUCGAUGGGAUAUGGAUAACUUUGUUAUGCUCUGUCCUCUCCACGCUUCUUUGAAGUUGCCUUGUGAAAGUACAGGAAGUCAAAACAGAAGCGACAAAUGCACGGCUAGAGAACGAGAAGAUCAACGCAAUAACAGCACUGCUGGCAAGCAUGACCCUGGUGUUCAAAAUCUGAAUGGUCGCUGGUCACAAAAGAAAAUUGUUCUCUGUUGUUCAGCUUUAUCUGGACUAGAGACGGAUAUUGUUUCUGAAUUUGAAAGAGUUACCAAGGUUACAGUUUUGAAAAAGUGGGAUGCAAGUGUGACCCAUGUUAUAGCAUCAACAAAUGAAAAUGGGGCAUGCAAAAGGACCCUCAAAGUGCUGAUGGGUAUCCUCGAGGGAAAGUGGAUUCUCAAUGUGGAAUGGAUUAAAGCAUCCAUGCAAGCAAUGGAACCUGUUGAUGAGAAGCGUUAUGAAAUUACUGCUGACAUCCAUGGAGUCAGGGAUGGCCCUCGUCUUGGACGACUGAGAGUAUUGGAUAAGCAACCAAAGCUUUUCGAUGGUUACAAGUUCUAUUUUAUGGGUGAUUUUAUGCCAUCAUAUAGGGGCUAUCUACAGGACCUCGUCACUGCUGCUGGAGGGAUCUUUCUGCAAAGAAAACCAAUACGUGGUGACCAAAAAGCAUUAUCACCUGAUAGGCAUCCUUCCAAAACCUUCAUCAUUUACAGCCUUGAACUUCCUGAUAAAUUUGAUCUCUUAAAAAGGGAAACAAUUCUCAGUCAAAGGCGAAAUGAUGCAGAGGCUUUGGCAAGUUCAACUGGUUCAAAAGCAGCGAGUAAUACAUGGAUUUUAAACUCUAUUGCAGCCUGCAAGUUGCAAAGCCUUGUUCAGUAAAAUAUACUUCCAAAUCUCUGAUUCAUCUCUGAUUCAUGUAUAUAUCCCUAUCCCAUCCUAUCUUUCCUUUUUUAAUCUUUAUCUCUGUUUAAAGUUUAAACAUGGAUAAAAAUAACAUUUGAAUUUGUAAAAACACAUUUUGAAAUUUGAUGUUUGUAUGAGUUUUGGGGGAAGGUGAGAAUUUGGCAGUGAUUGUUGCAUCAUGGGAAGAAUUCAUAGCCUAUUCAUGUUCUUAUAUGUCCGCUGUAAUGAGAUGUUCAAAAAUGGUGAAGUCAAUUGCAAGCAGUUAUAAAAUUAA